AUGGCUACAGUGCUAAUCCGGCGGAGCUUCCCGGGACUCAGCAGGGUGGCUGCGUUCGCCACGCGGCGCACGGGCGCGAGCGGCCGGCGGGAGCACGAGAGGGAAGAGAGCCCAGCGGGGGCCGGCGCUGGAGCCGAGCGCGGAGCCGCCACCYGGCCGCCGAAUCCUGCGGGCUGCAGCGUCUCGUCCGAUCCCCGCGCCGGGAGCAGAGCUGCCUCGCAGCGGUUUGGGGCUGCGCGGAGGGCCCCGGGCCCCGGCCUCGGCAGCGCUGGCGCCGGGUGGAUUCGGAGGACGGUCAGCACCACCUCCGCGCAGGCUGAGCCGGCUCCCAAAAAUGCCCUGCCGGACCCAACCUUCAAACCACUCCUUGAGCAGGAUAUCUCGGCACCAGCCAAGGAAGAGGCAGAGAAGGAAAGGGCAGAGAUGCACGACUCUAAGGAGGACCCACGCAUGUUCCAGAAGGGCAGGCCCGAAUACCAGUCUCUCAGCUACAAUACGCUGGAGCCCAUCRAGGCCCUUCCCGCAGAGGAGGGGGAGGCGAUUUUGCGCAGAGUGUCUGCGUGCGGGGACAGCGAGAGCGCCGAAGCCCUCGCGGGGUACUUGUGCCGGCUGAGCCGCUUGCCCGCGGAGCGGCGCGCGGCGCUGCGCUCCGACCCGCGCUUCRGCAGCCUGUGCCGCGGCGCCGCGCGCGCCCUCCGCUCCGUCAGCACCCCGCAGCUCCUCGAUACCCUCAAGGCCUUGGUUCGCGUGGGGGCUCCCGCGGCGCUGCCCGCGCUGCGCGCCUGCGAGCGCGAGUGCUGCCGCCGCGCCUGGGACAUGGACGUGGAGCAGCUGCUGCUCGUGGCCGACUGCUGGCGCUGCCUCGAGCGCAGCGUGCCCUCCUACCUGAGCAUCUUGUUCAGCUUUGCCAACAUGCACUGGAAGGAGCUCACCUUGCCCCAGGUCGUUCAGCUCAUUUAUAUCAUAGGYGAGGGCCGCAAGUCGCCCGCGGACCUGGUGCAGAAGCUGGAGAGCUUGAUUCUGAAGUACUUGGACGCCUUCACCUUGGAGGAGGUGGGUGCCGUUUGCUUAGGGCUCUUCAAGUCCAUCAGCGGUAUCUCUGACCACGUCAUGAAAAAGAUUGCCGACAGGGUGGCCCUCCAGAUGGAGGACAUGAGCAGCUACGCGCUGGUGAACGUGCUCAAGAUGCUCCGCUACAGCCGCAUGGACCACCUGCCGCUCCUGAGGCAACUCGGAAAAGUGAUCCCCCCUCGGAUUCCCACGAUAAACAUCCAGGGCAUCAUGCACGUGGCUCUUGCCUGCUCGUCCCUGCACUACUACAGUGAGGACAUUUUGGCCGCCGUAGCCGCCGCGUUGCCGUCCAAGGUGACUUACUGCCGAAGCAAAGACGCUGCCAAGUUCUUGUGGUCGUUUGGAUGCCUGGACUACGAGCCCCCAAACGAGGAGCAGUUCUAUUCCAGUCUCAUAGAGCAAAUGCACAGAAAGCUCCACGAAUUCGAGAAGUUUCCAGAGCACCUUCUUACUGGCUUGCUGGGCCUGGCGUUCGUGCAGCGCUUCCCAGCCGACCUCAUMGACUUUGCUCUGAGCGCUGAGUUUGUCCAGAAAACCAGAGAGAGCAAAUACGAGCUCGGGAAGGACCUGCUCACCCUCAGCAAGAGCGUCGAGAUCGAGUGUCCAGGUUACAAAGGCAGCCGCCUCUCCCCGCAGCUUUCCAAGGAGAUCACGGAGAUGGUUUUGAAUUUUGCYGAGGAGGAAAUCUACGUGAGGCCUGAAAUCGUGGAGGCCGUUUCCCUGCUGGAGAGCGUGCUGGGUGGCCCUGAGUACGUGAAAAGCCACAUGCUUUUGCCCCACACCAGAUCGAGCGAUCUGGAGGUUCGUUUGGCCCUGGACGGACAUCCCGUCCCCUUCAACUUCAGCGGGGCGGCUGCACACCAGCACCUCCAAGACAUCGGAGUCAGCCUGACGGAUGAUUUACUGACCCAGCUCAUAAAGGGCAGACCUGGUGGCCRGGCUCCUGCGGAAGCGGGACACGAAGCCAGGGCCGGCGGUGGGGAGCGGCUGGAAGCAGCUCAGGCUGCAGGUCGUGCUCAUGGAGCUCCUGGUGCCAGGCUGGAAGUCUUACCUAAUUCCCAGCGCUCUCUUGAAGGCCCCUUUCCUCCUGCGCCCGCUCAGCAGCCUCGAGAGGUGAAACUGGCGCUUCAGGUGUCCAACCGCAACCACUACUGCUACUGCUCCAAGCGGCUCCUGGGGCUGCACAGCCUGAAGCGGCGGCAGCUCCGGCGCCUGGGCUACGUGCCGGUGGAGCUUCCCUUCUGGGAAUGGUUCCCGCUGCUCAAACGCACGCGCUCGGAGAAGCUCAGCUACCUGCACUACAAAGUGUUCAACCCGGCGCUGUUCGGGGGAGCGGGGCCCUAAACGGCGCCUGGCGUCGCGCUCGGAGCUCUCCCGGAGGCUCCUCGGGAUCUGGACCUGGAUGUUAGCUGAGUUUUUGGCAGGAAUUUUGCGUGCUGAGGGUGCCCCGGCAUGCGGGCCGGUUCUCUGCUGCUUUGCUCGCCGUCUGCUGUCUCGUGCUGCCCUUUAUUCUGUAGAUCCUCAGCUGUUUCCAUUAGAAAUAAAACCGGCUGUUGUAUGUGCUUCUCUCCACAAUUACUGUUGUUCCUUCCCCCUGAGUGAAAGCGGGUGGAUUUGGUG